AUGGCUGUACGCUCUCCUUUCAUUCGUUACUUGCGCCUGCCAGCCCUUUUCAUUUCUUUCGUGUAUGUACAGUAUGUCUGGGCCAUUACGGGCUCCACAUAUCAAUUGGAUGCCGAGUAUUCAGGAAACAAUUUCUUUGAUGGAUGGGAUUUUUUCACCGGUGGCGACCCCACUGGCGGUUUUGUCACGCAAGUACCCAAUCUCUCCAGUUUGCCUUACCUGCUCAUGAAUCGCAGAUAUUACAGUCGGUCCUCAGCUCAACUCACCGGUCUGAUCAAUGCAACGGAUGGACAGCCAGCAUACAUAGGCUCCGACCACACUAGCUUAAUCGGCUCCACUCAAGCAGCCGGUCGACCCAGCGUGAGGAUAUCAACUAAAAGGUCUUGGACUCACGGGCUGUUUAUUGGCGACUUCAAGCAUUCACCGGCUGGUGUCUGCGGCAGCUGGCCUGCUUUCUGGACGCUGGGACCGAACUGGCCAUACAACGGAGAGAUCGAUAUUAUGGAAGGCGUCAACCUGGUGGACCACAAUGGCAUGACCUUACAUACGAAUCCCAACUGUACAAUUUCGGGCGAUAGAAGAUUGAUGACCGGUCAGCUCCAGACUACUAACUGUGCAUAUUACCCUGGCUAUAACGUUGGCUGUGGAAUUAGCGACAAUCGACCUUCUAGUUUCGGAGCCGGCUUCAAUGCAAUCGGUGGCGGCGUGUAUGCAAUGCAAUGGACUUCUGAAUACAUCAGAAUCUGGUUCUUCCCAAGAGGCGAGAUCCCGAGCGAUAUUGUCAACAACAGUCCCAAUCCCAAUCCUGCGAGUUGGGGUUUACCACAAGCUCAUAUGCAGGGUGCCUGUGUGAUUGAUGAGCACUUUCAGUCCCAUAAAAUCAUCCUCAACAAUGCAUUUUGCGGCGAGUAUGCAGGGGCCGCGAGUGUAUGGAACUCGACUGUUAAUUCAUGCGCUACUCUCACCGGCUUCUCAUCAUGUUCGGCAUACGUCGCCACGGCACCGUCCGCUUUCCAAGCUUCGUAA